CAUCCUAAAAGUAGAAACAGAGUAAGUUGCUGAGCACGUGUGGCUUGCUUGGACGAGAGUGAGUUGCAGUGCAUAGUGAUUGAGAGCAGAAGAAGCUGCUUAAGCUUAACUUAAAUGGGUUUUAGAAUUAGCGGUUCCUCCUCUUCAUCAUGCUUUUGUUUGCAACGUACGCUUCUUCCUCCGUUAACAGCAAUAGCCACUUCCACUCGUGGCUUCAAGAGGAGGAGUAAUUGCAUACCGAGUUGUUCAGUAUCUUAUCGCAAGUUUGUUGAGUUUGCUUUGGAUGAAACCACACUCCACACUCACUUGAUCCCUUCGCCUUUACAGGAAAAGUACAAUUUCAUGAAUUCCAAGGAUGGUAAAGGAACUCUUAGUAUGCUAUCAUUUGAAGGUGCCAAAAUUAGGCUUCUACGAAGUUUGAUCAUUGAGACAGAAACAAUGCAGGUUUUGGAUUUUACUGUCUUUCCAAAAGCAGAAUAUGACAUACCCAUAUUUUGUGCUAACUUUUUCACCUCUGCUAAAACAAACAUUGUUGUGUUGGACCUUAACCCCUUGCAUGAUAUCAUCAAUCAGCAUGAGUACAAGGAGAAGUACUUUAAAAGCUUAAUUCCUCUCGGCCUUAAAUAUGCUGAGCUUUUUCCAUGGGGAGGGAAGCUCACAAGUGAGUCCAUAAAUUUUUUUUCACCAAUUGUCAUCUGGACAAAGUUUACCUCAAACCCAGAAAAAUAUGAUAUUCUGUAUUCCGCAUUUAGGGAAUAUUACAAGGUAUGGUUGAAAUUGAUAUGCAAAGCAGAUAAAGAGACAGAUGAAUCUCAGAUUUUCCACAACCUCGAAGCACAACAUAGAUAUCUAACAUGGAGAGUUGAAAAGGAUCCAGGACAAGGUGUUUUGAAGAAGCUGAUUGGUGACACACUUGCCAAGGAUAUGCUGAGAAGCUUUCUCUUUAAUGGAGUUGAUGAACUAGGAAACAAAACAUUCAAUGAUUAUUUUCCACGCUACUGCUGUCAAGAGGGAACUCUAAAUAAAAAAGGCAAUGUUAUUGGGAAGUCCUUUGAAAAUCGCCCAUGGAAUGCUAGAGGAGAAUUUAUUGGUAACAGAUUUUCAAAUUGGCCUGUCUAAUUGCUGCUUUCUUUUCAUCUCUGCUUGGCGUGUUUUUUAUCCUGCUCAUCUGUUAUCAUUCUGUUUAUGUCCUGCGGCCUUCUAUUAGGGUCUUACAAGUAAAAAACUAUGCUGUGAUCAAUGGAUUCUUUCACCUGCCUUUUCUUCUUUUAUAUUAAAAUUGGUCCUGCAUAUUUAUCUAUGGCAUUUUGCAUGUAUAUGUUCUUUGAUUACUUGAAGUUGCUUAACUGGCAGUUUGAUUUGAGAUGCGAGAGACAUUGUUGAAGCCAGUAGGACUUGAAUUCUAUUAUUCAUGAUUAAGAAUGAGAUGAUUUCAGUAAUGAAAUAGUUGUAUCGUUUAGCAAGCUAGCAAAUAUUUUUGUAGAAGCAAGCACUUACAAGCAUACUAUAUGUAGCCCAAGAAAUCUUCAGAAUUAUAAUGAUAUGUUGGGGGGUGCUUGAAAAAAAAAAUUGGACUUGUGAGAAAGUAGUUCAGAACUUUUGUAAGUUUUUUUUUUCAAUUUAUUUUAACAAGAUUUACAGAGAAACUGGUUGAAGUAAGUUUUUUUUAAACCUAUUUCAGUAAUUCAGUUAAUUUUAUGAACAAAUUUUUAUUUGGUAGGAGUUUAUUAAAUAAGUGGUUAAUGAAAUUCUUUAUUUAAAUGCAUCCUUAGUUUAUAGUAAUUUUUAAGGAUCCUUCAGCUGGAUUGGCGUUGAUGUGUAGCUUUCAGGCCAAGGUAUACUUACCGCGGUGCUGACAUUUGAUCUUUAGAAUAUUUUAGGUGAAUGACUGUACACUGGAGAAGCUUGUGCACACGUUUGCAGUCAAACUUUUACAAGGCGUGCCACUGGUUAUAUUUUCGGCUAUAGAGGUUCUGCAAGCAUACAAAAGACCGCUGUAAUUUUUGUAGACAAGUUAUGCCAUAAGAUGCUUGUAAUAUAUUAUGGAAAGAAUUUUCUGUAACAAAUCUCAGGCUCAGCACCUAUGGCUCUACAUGUUUGUAAUAUUAACAUUCGUAUUGGAAGAUUCUAGUUAUACAUUAACUGCAGCCGUAUCCGAUUAGCUUCGAGUCCUAGUAGAAAUUUAAGUGUAAUAUUUUACCUUCUGUAAAAUAAAGUUUAAUGUUUUACCUUUUGUAAAAAAAAAAUGUAAUAUUUUA